GAUACAGACAAAAUGAAAAGAAAUUGGCUGAACAGGGGAAAGACAUUCAGAGAAAACUCACCCAAUUACAGCUUGAUGACCUGACAAAAAGGAAAAAGUCCCAGGCCCCGGUUACUACAGAGACCCCACCUGAGGAAUACGCAAUGGCGCCUGUCCUCCAGGGAGGUCAACACCCAGCACAACAGCCACAGGCUAUGUAUGUACCUCCCCAAAACCCAGUAGCAAAUGUGUACUCACAGCCCCCAAAACAAUACCAGAAUAGAGGAGGGUAUCAACCUCAGAAUAACGGAAGAUAUCCACCUCAGAAUUUGAGUGGGCCAGGAGCCCCGAGGGGAGCCUGUUGGGGAUGUAACCAGGAGGGGCAUAUUAGACGAUUCUGUCCACAGAAUCCAUGGGAAGCCACUGCAUUUAACCCGGCCGCUAGCGGUCAAGGUUGGCAGGGGGGCAACCAGGCCCCAAGGAUGUGGCAGCAACAGUCAGGCCCACCCAACCGAGGUCCCGUAAAUCCUUAUGCAGGACCGAACCAGCGAUACUGAGGAGGCCCAGAGAGUCCUACGGGGGAGGGUCAGCUUGUAGUAUUAACAUCACAGGCUGACGAGGAACCGAUGCUGCAGGUUCAUAUUAAUGAUAGAGACACACCAAUGAUGGUAGACACUGGAGCUACUUACACUUGUAUAAGUCCAAAUUAUGCCUCUCAUCUCCCCAGGUCAGGAAAAUAUGCUAAGACAAUAGGAUUCUCGGGACAAGCGCAGCUUAUACCCAUGACAACCCCAGUCAAACUAGCCACGAGCGGACGCUCGAUAGAAAUUCCUAUUUUGAUAGCGGAACAUACUCCUGUAAACUUAUUAGGUAGGGACGCCCUGUGCAGGUUGGGGCUACAAAUUCAGUGUUCACCUGAUGGAAUAAUCAUAGAUAACAUAGGGAUCAAAACUCAGAUGUCACUUCACCAGGCACCACUGGCUAAUGUGUACUGGAUUGGGAACAUAGAAAGCGCUGUUAGAGAAGUCACUGUUAAAUGGGGUUCCUACAUUGAAGCACAAUUACCACGGGCCAGAUUACCAACAUUAGCCUACCACUGCACGCUGAAAUAUGAUCCUUAUCAGGAGCGCAUUUUUGAGCAGUUGUGGUUGGAUACUGUAAACGGUAAGCCAGCUCACACUAAGUCUCAAUACUUUGUCAUUGGCAGACAGGGUGCAGCUAUGGAAGUAUCAGAUGCUGAAGGUUCGACCUUGAUAACUGACUGGUUUGAUGUACCCGGAUCAGUCCCCCAUGUCACUCUGUUGAUAAACGAUGGGUUCAAAGCCAAAGAUCUGGGCCCGAUGAUGAAGCGGGCAACGCAAGUUGCAUGGGUUAAAACAGACAAUCCUCUAAUCUUUCGCUCUCCUGAAAAUGAUCUCAUUAAAAUCCUUUGUUUUGCAGAUAUUGUUGGAGAGCCUCAGGAAGUUGAAGUUGGUACAGGUCAGCAAGUGCAGAUGGGGAAAGCGGCAGACAGGCAGGAACAGUUACGGGAAGGGAUGGAGCGGAUAGUUCCAGAACAGUUGUGGUCUCAACAUGACACAGAUGUAGGACUUGUUAAGUCAGCUAGCCCUGUAUUUAUUAAAGUAAAGCCAGGGGCUAAGCCAGUAUGGAAAAGGCAGUAUCACAUGAAACCAGAUGCGGUGGCAGGUAUUGAGCCCACCAUUGAGGGUCUAGCAGAGGCAGACGUGCUCGAGGAAACAGUUAGCGAUUGUAACACACCUUUGUUCCCUGUUCUAAAAGCAGAUAAGCAGAAGUGGAGACUGGUUCAUGAUCUACGGCCCAUUAAUGACAUAGUGGAAGACUGCUUAGCUGAGGUCCUGAACCCCCACACACUACUAACCAACAUCCCUCCGGAGGCUAAGUUUUUCAGCGUUAUAGAUUUAUGUGGCGCCUUCUUCAGCGUUCCUUUGGCAGUAGAGUGUAGACAUUUGUUUGCUUUCACCUAUGGUGGUAGGCAAUAUAGAUAUACGAGACUGCCACAAGGGUUUAAACACUCCCCACACAUUUUCAAUCAGGUCCUCAAAGCAGACUUAGAGGAGCUUGUCCUGGAGGGAACACUACUUCAGUAUGUCGAUGACCUACUGAUAUGUGCUCCCACCUUGGAACAAUGCCAUGCAGAUUCCAUAAAGGUGUUGCAAAGAUUAGCUGAGGGGGGUCACAAAGUGUCACGAAAGAAGCUCCAAUAUUGUCAGACAGAAGUUGAAUAUCUGGGAAGAACCAUCGCUCACCAGACAAAAGCCAUCUCCCCAACUCAGUUAGAAGGACUGAGUAGUGCACCACUUCCCCAAACAGUGAGUCAAAUGAUGACAUUCUUAGGAAUGACAGGGUUCAGUUCUGAUUGGAUAGAGGACUAUGCCCUUAAGGUUUCUCCUCUCAGGGGGCUUCUGAAAGAGGUGGGACAGCAGCAGCUCAGUGCCAAGUUGCACUGGAACUGUGAUGCUUUGGCAGCUUUUGAAACCAUUAAACAGGAUAUGCAGUCUGCUCCCGCUCUAGGAACACCUGACUACACGAAACCAUUCUUGUUGUAUGUUGCCAACAGGGCCGAGGGAUACGCUUCAGCAGUAUUAAUGCAGGACACGUGUAGUGGCAGGAGGAAACAACCCAUAGCGUAUUACAGCACGAAACUUGACUCAGUAGCACAAGGGUAUCCACCCUGCUAUCAAGGUCUUGCAGCGGUUCAAUAUGCAUAUGACAAAGCAUCCACCAUCACCAUGGGCUACCCAGUAAUUAUUCACACCCAUCAUAAAGUAACGGAGCUGAUAGAGCAUGGAAAGUUUGUAUUGACUAAUGCUAGACUUCUUGACUACUUGCCUUUGUUGACUUACCCUGACAUCACCAUUAAGAAAUGCACCACUGUAAAUCCAGCAGAAAGAAUUCCCCUGGAAUUUGAGGGAGAGCCUCAUGACUGUGUGGCCGAGUCAUUAACCUUUACCAGACUUCGACCCGACCUUCUCUCACUCCCCAUUCCGGGGGCAGAGGAAGAGUUAUUUGUGGAUGGUUCCUGUUACAGAGACAUAGACGGCAAUCACGCAGGAUUUGCUGUGGUCAGGAUGGACUCUCAGGGUCAAUUUCACACGAUCGUAAGUCAAACCUGUCCGCAACCGUGUUCUGCUCAACUAGCUGAACUCAAAGCGUUGACAGCUGCAUGCAGAGAAGGGGAGGGUAAAGUAGCUAACAUUUACACAGACUCUGCUUAUGCACACGGGGUAUGCCAUCUAUUUGGGGCUGUGUGGAAGCAAAGGGGCUUUAAGAAAACUGAUGGCUCACCGAUUCUGCAUCAUGAGCACAUCCAAGAUCUGAUGGGUUCGCUGUUGCUCCCACGCCAGGUAGCUAUCAUUAAAUGUCAGGCACAUAGGAAAGGCAACAACUACAUAAUUCAGGGUAAUAACGCUGUUGAUGAGGCCGCUAAACUAGCAUCUAAGUGUCAUUCAGCUAUCCUAGCUCCCUUGAUAUUGGUUGAGGCAGCACCUGUCAUGUCUGAUGUGAUUCGCAUGCAAGAAAUGGCCAAUGUGUAUGAGAAACAGUUGUGGCUACAGAGGGGUGCUACCACUGAUGCUGCAGGCUUGUGGCGGACCCAUACGGUGCCUGUGCUUCGAGGCCCCCAUGAAGGGCCUCCGCUGGAGCAGUUGGAACUGGAAUUCAGAGAAUAUAUCAGACAACUAACUACUAUACAUGAGCUCAUUCACAAACAGGAAAAGGCGCGGGUCCCGGAGCCCGAGGACGAUCAGCCAAGGGCGGUGGUUCCAGGAGACCAGGUCUACAUCAAGGUCUGCAGGAGGAGGUGGAACGAGCCAAGGAGAGAAGGCCCCUACAGAGUGACCCAGGCCACGACGACAGCAGUACGCGUAGAGGGCAGCGACACCUGGUAUCACCUCAACCACUGCACCAAGGUUCCACAAGGAGUGGGACAACAUGAGGAGGAUGAGAAUGCUGAUCUUCCAGGCGGGAGUGAAAGCCAAGAGGGGGAAGGCGUGGCACCCUCAGCACCAGAGGAACUGGUACCUCAGCCGGAGAAGUCUGAGCCCAGCAGGGAGAAACCAGACGUGGGAGUGGAGAAUGCUCAUGCUCAGUCUGCUGUUGACAGCUCUGGGGCUAUGGGCAGCAGAGGGCGCUGGCUGAUGCGGCUCCAGGGCAGCUGGGCGCGCUGGCUGAUGCAGCUCCAGGGCUGCAGGGGGCGCUGGCUGAUGCGGCUCCAGGGCAGCAGGGAGCGUAGUCAGGCCAAAUUCCCCAUGUAG